AUGAUACCCCAAAUCCAGACUGUACGUUUGAGGUUUGAACAGGGUUUUCGUCCCGCCCAAUGGGUUUGCGUCAUGAAUGCAUCUACUUAAGUAGAACGUACAGCGUGAAUGACGUGUAUAAGUACAUUCCGUAAAACCUCCCACAUCUGCAUAAUUAGCCAUACCAGUCAGAACGAACUACCGUUAGUUGCGUGGUGUCAGAUAGGGACACUGUUGUAGAACAGUUCAGAUAAUUACCGCACACAAGUCGACAGGAGUAGGUAAUGGUGUUUCAGCUCGUGACACUAACAUUGGUAUCUGAAGGUUUGGCAAUGUUUCUGCCUUCCGGUAGACAUUGACUGUUUUCGUAUAAAAGAACGAAAUCCGCUGCUUACUGAAAUUCAUCCGCAGGAUAUUUGUGUCUUUGUAAUCCUUGGUUAAAUAGACGGAAAUUGGACAAAAAUGAAUAACUUUUCUAAAUCGGUUGCUGCAAGACAUGCAGAGAGAGCACAUUUGCUGUUUUUUUUCACUUUUACAAAUUUGGCAUAAAUUUAUACGUUCUUGGUACCCGGGAAGUCUCAAGACAGCUCGUUUUUUAUUGUCUUGCCGCCUUAACUUCUUUACUGUGUGUGUACAACUCAAAAUUAAAAGCGUUCCUAAACUGUGAUUUCGCAUUGAUUUGAAACCAAAUCGUAAAGACUGGUCAGCUGAACUGAGUGCCCUAGUUCACUGCCACUUGACAGUUUGACCGUCGAUUCCGAUGAUGUCCACGGCGUUCCCCAGAGAAUGCUGGCAGCAGGGGUGGUGACUUGCGCGUCCAGUUGAUCAUGGUAAUAGCAGGCUUUCGCAGCAUUUUUCGCGCUCUCUCCUCCCCCUACCAUUUGGAUCCGAUGUCAAGACAGUGUUGAAAAGACUAGAGGUUGGAUGGGGUGCGUGUGGAUAGAGCGACAUGAACCCCCACCUUGACCUGCCACCAAACCCCCGGCCUACGCACGGAGGAUCAGGAGUUCACACAACGAGAAAGAGUGAGCCCCCUGAAUUACAAAUUGACUGGGAGUGCUAUAAACGCCGUAUUAAGGAAGAGUCAUCGCAGUCUGAAUCUCAGUCCGCCAGUCAGCCACUCCAAGCAAGCACACAGUUGACUACUUUCCAAGCUUCGGUUUUUGCCGCACCAUGAUAAUCUCAAGUGUGUUAAAUUAUUUAUAUUAAGGGAUUUUGCGCUGACAGUCGACCUCAGUCACUCUACCUUAUCUGGUUCAUCAGUCGGCUGUCUAGACCAGUCAACUAACCGAUGCUGAGAUUGGGAGAGGCGGCGCGUGCCACGCCUAUGACCUGUCCGUCCAUAAUCGCACAUCACGAUUUCACACAAAAGACGAGCUGCUCGGGUCUCACAUUCCGCAGAUUACUAGUUUGUGCCAGCGGUGUUUCAGGUGGGACGUGUUCAGGUGUACAUAUGCUGCUCACGCAGUCAUGGAAGGAUGCGGGACGGUAAACUGGUGGUGGUAGCCCUUCGGCGUGUGUUUGUGUGUGUCGGGCUGCGCUGUUGCCAGUCCCACUGCGUGUGCACGUGUUCGCGCUGAUGCUAGUGCGUAUGUGUGUACUACUGUGUGUGCGUGGUGUACAUUUACUAAUGGGAAAUGUAUGGUGAUGUGGUUUAGUUUGCGAUGGACUAUGGAAGGUUUGCAUGGAGCCGCACGUGAACCAAAUAAGCCCAUGCGAGGACACUUCGGAGAGUUGUAGCUAUGAGGACGGAUGUACGUUGGUGCUCCAGACACCGGUUCGCCAGUCUCUGUGCGAUGAAUCCUCAAAUGACCCAUCAGGCCCAUGAGUGAGGUGAAUGUACGAUCGCAAUGCGGACAGGUGAGGAUCGAGUCCACAUUGUUGGUGGCGUAGCUUCGGGGAGCCACUAAUGAGAAUUGCGUUCGAGCUAUCGGGCGUGCAGAGCAAUCACCACUUGCGUGAUACGACCUAAGACACCCGUACGUGUUGUCCCUUACAACCAACUGCCACUUAAACAACCGUGCACAUAUCUGGCUGAGACUAUGCGAAUUUCAUGGUCGUGCUCAAGCAUUGCGCCUAAUUUUUCUGUUUCGAAUAUACAAGCAUAUUGAGAAGCUUUAACAAACUGGAAGUAACGUCAUGGUAGAUAUCGAUGAUGUAACAAGCAACUGCUUAUAUCGGGAUCUUUGCAUCAUCCAAUUUUAAAUAAUGCUGAAACCCUUAUACCGAACUGUUACAGCUAUCGUUAUGCGCUUUCCACUUUCAGACCACUCAAGCAUCUGAAAAUUCUGAUGACAGGACAUUGUCCACUACGGGUGAAAUUGUCGUUCAGGACUCCGAUUUCCAACCUGAGGUUUGUCGAUUUUUUACUAAGCUCGCAUACCAAUAGUGCAACCCGUCUUCCUUUCUAAUUGCUUAAAUGUUAAAAAUAAAAAUCAUUCUUGAAGAAGGAGACACGAUCUCCGGGACAAGAGCUUUAUUAGCCUGACGUUUCGGAUUCCCACUCGAACCCAUCAUCAGAGACAACAAAGCAAAAACGGGCGGUUGUUGCACAAGGGGCCGCGGUAUUUAUAGGAUGCAGUAGUCAUGCUACCGCAUACCUAUGAACAUUCACGGCUCCGCCCUUCAUCCGGGAUCGUCACACAUGGUGUGAUCAUUGCUUGACGGCCGACAUUCGAGUCGAUAAAUGCUGCAAUUUCACCACGUGCGUUGGAUGUUGGCUUGAUGAUUGCUCGACCAUCUGACGCACCGACCCCGGUGUUGGGUAAAGUGUUCACAUCUGCGCUCCCCGCAUGGCUUGUUACUCCGCCUAGGCGAAGUUUUAGUACGGAGUAUGGAGUCGGAAGAUCGUUGCACUUGUUGAUGGACUGGGGGCCAGUAAACCAUGAUUCCAGUAGCUCCCGGCUCACGCGGUUGUCACCUCUUGCAAGAAUUCGGUCUCAUCGAAUUUGAAUGUGUGGCCGGAUCUCGUCGAAUGAGCCGCAACUUGAGAGCUGGCGUCAUUUUUGCGCACCGCUGCCGCGUGUUCGGCCAUUCUCGUUUGGAGCUGUCUUCCGGUUUCUCCGACGUAGUUGCUUUGUCCGCAACUGCACCAGAUCCGAUAAACGACUCCAGACGUUUCUAGCCGUGGCAGUGGGUCUUUCGGUUUCCUGACCAGACGCCUGAUGGUUGCCUGCGGUCUGUGUGCCACUUCAACCCUAAGUGGUGCGAGAAGGCGGCCGACAGCUUCCGAAACGUUCUUGACAUACGGAAGUGCCUGCCAAGAUUUGGUGUCCGUGCGGUUAGUCCUUUCGUCCCUUUUGCGUAUGCACCGGUCGACGAAGUUGCGCGGGUAGCCAUUGGCUUUGAAAACCCGUCAGAGGUCUUGUAGUUCGGCAAUUUUGUCUUCCGGCUCACUGCAGUGCGUUUCGACACGUCGAUAGAGCGUCCUUACACAACUGCGUUUGUGGCUGAUUAGGUGGUUACUGUUGAAGUUCAGUACUUGCAUCCUAUUUGUCGCUUUCCUGAAACGUCAGGCUAAUAAAGCUCUUGUCCCGGCGAUCGUGUCUCCUUCUUCAAGACUACUUCCUAGGACUCGUCUCUUCGCUUCUAUUGGUAAAAAUCAUUCUAUUUAAAAUGCAUUUGUCUCUAUUACGUGGACACCAUCCUUUUUCAUUGCACCAAGUUCAUAAACCAAGGCACUUUAUCGCAUUACAGAAAUCCUAGAUAAUUGUUUUAAAGUCUCUGUAUCUUAAGCGUCUGCGCGAGUUCGUACAAAAUUUUAGAUCCUUCGAUGGCCCCAUGCCGCACAGGCAUCCGCCCAGAAAGUUCAAAAAGAACGGCUAAUAACAAGAUGACAAUUUCUCUGACCCAAAGGAUAUGGUCUCGUGUGCUGCCCCUUAAAUGCUUUUCUGAUCGAAAUCCGAUUUUCGUGGACAAUGUUUUGAGUUCAAGGCUGUUUUUUAAAAUUUGCGAAGAAUAUAUUUCCAUGUCAAACCUUUAUAAGAAACGGAAUUUGAUCUGGAAAAAGUCUUCAGGAAUAAGAAAAUGCAAGAGUUUGACCGUCAGAGCGAUGCUUGCUCUUACUCCCAUACUAAAUGACGACUCCCACCUGAGGGAUUCAUCUCACCGGCGAGUCGUAGAGAGCCUUCUCAGCUUCUGUAUCUCGUUCUAAUUUCGGACAACGAAAAAUGUCUUACUCAGUACCUGCGACACGCGUAUUCGUGAUUGCGCGAUCAAGAAAACAAGGAAGAAAUUGUUUUGAAUUACCUAUCCCACGUAUCGUUGACUGGACUUUCGAAGUGUGCUUUCAAUUAGCCUGGAUCACUCGCGUUGAGGGAAAUAUUGCUUGCCAUACAGCACGCUUAAAAAAUAUUUCAGUUACACCAAGGUGUCAGUUUUUGAAUUUAACUCUUUCCGGCCGUCUGCAAAAACAAAAUGCCGUAAAAGAGACUGUCUAAGUAGUAUGAAUUUUUCCCAGUGGUUUCUGUGUCCUUAUCAAUUCCAAAUAAAAUUUACAUAAUUUUGCAAUAUUUUUGGGCACUACAUAGUGCCUUUUAAUGGCAUAGGUGAAUACGGGAUUCUCCUAGCAUGGAAAGCAUAUAUCUUAUGUCUUGUAAUCGCAACUGCAGUAGCAGAUCGGGCUCCAAGUUAUACUGGAGCUAAAAAGCCAUUUUCAAACCGUAACCUAUACUUUCCUUGAGUAUGAAAUUUGAAGAUGGCGUGCGUUGUUACGACAUAAGUUUAAGAAUAGACAUAUUUGUGCAUGUUUUCUGUGAUAUAUGUUUGAAUAUACGAGGCCAUUGAGGAGCAGUUGAAGAUUUACAAAGCACUUGAGCAAUCAUUUAUACAAAUGGGGUUUUUGGUGACGAUGAGAAGGGAGCUCAUACAAAAGCCGACAUUUUGACGGGACUAAAUAUUCUAGAAUUAUGCUGUAUGCCAAUUAUCAUUAUCACCCUACUUAAGCAAUCUUUUCUAAUCAAAGACGCAUUUUAGGAUUUCCGCCAAAAUUUUAUGAGCUGGGUAACCCACUGUAAACGUAUGAUACGUUAAAUGCGUCAAAAGCGCAUGUGUUUCAGAUGUACUGACAUAAAUACAUCUUCACAUUUUAAUCAACAUCAAGGAGAGGUAAUUUCUUGUGGGAAGGCAGCACCUAAAAUAAAUAUGCUGUAGAAAUGUGCCCCAUAAACGCUGAUAAUAUUUUUGUAGGUUUUACAUAAUGUAAUUUCGCUGUGACAAACUCCUUGCUGCUCUUUCAAAUUAAAUAGCCAAAGGCGGAGUUUUCGAUGUUUGGCUGCUUGAAGGUUUUGCUUUAUACUUCCAUUUGUCGAAUUUCUAGCAUGAAGAUGGCAGACACGACCAACUACAGUGCCAGGUUUUUAGGGAUCAUCUUACCACCUUCUUCCCCUCAACGCUCCUUCCUUUUUCAAUGUUUUACGUUUAAACUACGCCUGCAGAAAUAACUAAACGCGCACUUUGUAACUAAUUACCAUCACUUUGCAAUAAUAAAAUGGAAUGCUGCCAUUCCGCCUGUGUGAGAUCACGGAGAUGGACAUCAGCACAGCGACUCUGACAACAUCGAAAUGCAUGUCUACGCGCGCCGCGCUCCAGUCCUUAGAGAAUGGGUCCCGAAUACUCCGGAAAUAAAAAUUCUCAUAAGAGUAGCAUUAGGGGGUGAACACUACUGUCUGGUUCUCGUCUCAGAGGAAGGACCGCGUUGCACCGUUAGCAUGUAACAUUGUAUGUCACAACUCACAGUUUCAAAAUACUUUCAAGCUCACUACUGAUUUGCCGUGGGGCGUGAGAAGUCAGCGUCAGCCCCACCGGUUCUUCACCCUCUCAUAAGCUAGUGGUCUGCGAGAUUGACCUUUUUGACGGGCGUGACUUUCGCCUGUGUGGUCUGACAGGAAAUUGGGUUUGAUUAGUAUGCGUAAAUAAGCUUACAGGAAAGAUAAAAGUAUAAUAACGUUUGACAGUACUUAGUACUAUGCAGACAAUUAUCUUUCGCCAUCUAGUUUGAGUUUUUAUCGUGGAUACCAGCACAUUCAGUAGGUUUCCAUAGAUCAUCUUGCAGAUUGCUCUGAUACACACUGAGAACGAUCAAACUUUCGGAACUUCGGUAUCUAUAGGAAAAUAUAACCACUCAAUGACACGUGAGUGACACUCAGCCAAAUAUCCUGCCUGGCGGAUGGAGUGUGGACAAGUCCGUCUUGUCCGAAUCUGCAAGUAAUGCCGAAAAUUAGUGGAUAAGAGAGUUAUUUCUGGUUUAUUCGACCUGUCCAAACUUCCUACCCCAGCCACAGACCAUUACACUUGAGAUUUGAAUCCGACUCAGGUAUAGUCAUGGGGACAUUGAGUCCUGGAUUGUCAGCAUCAGUUGCGAGUGGUAUUCCCAUAUGUAUCCUGGUUAAUGGACGAAUAAUGAACAAGUCCGUUUUUUCUUGUCAUUUUCACCCUACCGCAGUAAUUUUUUUUGAUUAUCGACCGCUCUUCGCCAUAUGGCUUCUUGUGGGAGUUCCGAACUGGGACCCCAAGCUAAGUACCUAUUUCUGUGCCACCGUUAACUUGAGAAAUUUAAGGCGUCUUUUGCGCAUAAUUUGACCUUCCUACUGUGCGAAAUACUGCUACUUUUAAAGGCAUGCCUGGUGUUUAAGCCAACAUAACCAAUUUAGGUGCUUCGCCUUUUUUUAUUUAGGUAACCGAACAGUUUUCAAAGACUGCGAGCAACUCACUUGCUUCAACCGACAAUUUCGAGACAGAGACUAAGAGGGGGUGUGGUAAUCGGUUGUUAAUGAAGUGCAACGGAGAAAGACUCUCGCAGAUAGCUCCAGUUGCCUGGAUGAUCCUCUUUGGGGAUGGCGUCCACAACAUGAUGGACGGGCUAACGAUUGGGGCCGGGUUCACUCGAAGUCUCUCUGUCGGAAUAAGCUUAACUAUCAGCAUAAUGCUGGAAGAGUUACCUCAUGAAUUUGGUAAGUCCUGGGGCCAAUUUGAAAUGUACUUUUACCUAUCAAAAUCUAAGCCCUGCGAAUUCUUGAUGAAAGCUAGGUGUACAGACAGGUUCUCACCCAGAAUUGUUGCAUGCAAAGUGCUCCGGCGGUCAACCCGUCUGCCGAUAUUUUUUACAUUUUGCCUAAUUGCUUAUCACAGGUAUUUAAAUGGCUUCAAAAAGCAUUUUUUGCAGUCCAACCUAAUGCUGUAUCCUUUUUUGUGUAGGAGACUUCGCUAUCCUCCUUUCCUCUGGAUUCUCCAUCAAAGCGGCCUUAAUUUGCAACUUUUUGUCCGCAUGUUCAGCCUACGUAGGGCUCAUUAUUGGGCUGGCCGUUGGUGAAGUCCCGUCGGGUGCAACAGUUGUUUUUGCCUUAACGACGGGUUUCUUUCUUUACAUAAGUCUCUCCGAUAUGGUAAGGAGGUUGCAUAUGCAUCGAAAUUUUUUCCUUCCUGUUAAUUUUAGGAAACCUUCAUUGGAUCAAUAACACUAGUUACAGGGUCAAUGAGAGUGUGCCUUUCGGCAAAAUGCAAAACUGUAUUUGAUAAGUCCACCAUACUGUUGCUAGCAAUAGAAAGAUGUGCCCUGCGAGAUGUUGGCAUCAUGCAUUUCUUAAAUUUCCCUGGUAGUUACAUGGUCGUUGGCAUGAAAACUUCAUAGACAGGAACUCAUUGUAAAAAUCCAACAUGAGUAUUACGAAGAAAAUGAAUGAAUAGCCAUAGGCUUCCCUAUGCGGCCUUCACACAGCGUUAGGAAUUUGUGCUUUUGACCAGUGUGCAUGCUGCAUCUGUUUAAACUGCAGAAAACACUUGGCCGGUGAGGAGGAGAGAGGGCGACGCAAUUUGAAGUAGCCGUAUCUUUUCUGUGACAAAGCCAGGCAGGUUAAUUCAAAUUCCAUACAAAAGUGUAUGUAAGGUGCGGCAAAAAUAGGAUAUGUUUCAGUUUAUUUUAACGGAUUGCGUAUUACCAUGUAAUAUAAUUUAGUUGGCAUCAUUAACUGACGUUUGCAGUUCUCUCCUUUUUGUGCAUUUUUAUUGGCGACAAAUGUAUCAUAAUCUAUCUCGAUAUUGGUAUCAAAAUGUUCCCUCUGACGGUCUGUGUAGUCUUGCAAUAAGUUAAAUUCUCAUAGGAAUACUGUUUGAAUUUCUUGUUCCUUAAUUCCCUCGAUGCAAUGAAGAGAGAGAUUUGCUUUAUUUUUGAAUUAUAAAUUCGAAAUUUUCAGCAAAAAUGGGCUAUGUGGACACAAAAUAAGUGAAUAAAUUACUCAAGUCAAAAUGUAUGCACAAGAGGAACGAAUAUUAUGGAGACAGUUCGAGUCUUAGCUUCUGUAUUUCUGUCUCUUCACACGCAAGAUAGCACACCAGGAAUGGCAAUACAGAAUGUUAAUGUCGAUGUACGACAAGAUAUAAGUCGAAAGCAACGGCGCAUGAGGGAGGAGACUUCGCAGAGAUUAGUUUAGAAUGCGGAAGAUGGGCAGCGCCAUCCAGCAUUCAACCAGCGAAUGGUUUGACAGCUGUGAUAUGUCGCCGUAGGGUAAUAUCGACUAAAAGACAUAAGAAACACCGGCGUCAAGCGUGAUUCAUGACCUCCCCUCUUUCAAAUGUAAUUGAAAUUUAGAGUAAGCAAGAGCAAGGGGAUCUCUUAAGCCAUCCAUCAACAAACGCAUAAAAUUCCAAAAGUUCGUGUACACUGGAAAUUGCCUUCUUAUUUGCUUAAACUAUAAAACCUGUAAAAACUCCAAUCUUUCUACUGCUUACCAUUCUCUCAUGUAUAUUUUAUUUCAGCUGCCCGAAAUGCGUGAAACCAUCACAGAGGCAGCGAAGUCCGGCAAACAUACUUUGAAAAUUUUUAUCGUGCAGUGUUUUGGUCUAACUGUUGGUUUUCUUUGCAUCUUAGCUAUUCUACUUUCGGAGAAAUAUAUUGAAAUCUAA